UUCAUUCCCCGAUAGUGGAGGAAACUGCGAACCCUCCCUCCUUCUAUUCUAACCUCCUUGGUAAAAAUACCGGUUACUGUAAACCCUACAAAAUACAUCACUAGAUUUAUUGACAAUUUAUUUAUCUAGGCAAAAUGGUUACAAAAGUUGCUGUUGUUACUGGAAGUAAUAAAGGUAUUGGUUUUGCAAUUGUACGAGCAUUAUGUCGCAGUUUUGAUGGUCAUGUUUAUUUAACUGCUCGUGAUGAGAGUCGAGGUAGAGCAGCUGUAAAACUUUUAGAGCAGGAAGGACUAAAUCCCAAAUUUCAUCUUCUUGAUAUUACUUGUUCAGAAAGCAUUAAAACUUUUGCAUUCUUUUUGAAGGCUAAGUAUGAUGGUUUAGAUGUUUUAGUAAAUAAUGCUGCCAUUGCCUAUAAGGUUGCAGACACUACACCCUUUUCAGAACAAGCUGAGAACACUAUAAAAAUCAACGUUUUUGCAACUCUGAAUGUAUGUCAUCACCUGUUUCCAUUGUUAAGACCUCAUGCUAGAGUUGUAAAUGUGAGCAGCUCAGCUGGUAAAUUAUCACGUAUAUCAGGUAAGGAGUUGCAACAAAAAUUUUUAUCUGAAGAUUUAACUGAAGAUGAACUCUGUGCUCUUAUGAAACAGUUUGUAGAGGAUGCCAAAACUGGUGUACAUGAAGUCAAAGGGUGGGGAAGUUCUGCUUAUUGUGUCUCAAAAGUUGGUUUGAAUGCUCUUACAUUCAUUCAGCAUCGAAAAUUUUUGGAAGAUCCACGCCCUGAUAUAGUUAUUAAUGCAGUUCAUCCAGGUUAUGUAGAUACUGACAUGUCCAGUCACAAAGGUCCUUUAACACCAGAUCAAGGUGCUGAAGCUCCAACUUAUUGUGCACUUUUGCCACCAAAUAUCAAUUCACCCCGAGGACAAUUCAUUUGGAAUGACAAAACAAUUACUCCUUGGCUCUGAAUUUUAAUGUGAUUACUUGCUCUGAUGUCGAAAAUAAAACUCUUGGAUGAUUGAUGUACGACAAGGAUGUCAAACUCGCGGCCUUGAGAAAAGUA